GCGGUGCGGUCCGUCCUGCUCCUCCAUGUUGUCAGUAAACCGCGGCUCUGACGUCCCGCCACUCUCCCUGCAGGGGGCGGGUACUUCUCUGUCAUUCCAGCCGUCCUGUGUCGCGAGACCGCACAUGAUUGGUGGAGGAAUACGGGCUGACCUCCUUCUACACAUCCUAUUGGUCACUGCCGGUGUCAGUCACAGCAUCCAGAUUCUAUGGAAGGAGGUGAAAAAAAAACAAAAAUAAUCUGAGCGAGGCGGCCAUCUUGCCUGGGAGAGAGUGGAAGUGAAGACGCAAAGGACCCGCAGCAGGAAGAACAAACCUCGGGUGUUUAUUUUCAUUCAGUCCGGGAUCAUUUACAGGACGGAUCCGCUCUCUCGCUGAGGGGGAGCUGCUGGAUGUGUACGCGGCCUGCGGGUUUCCUUCCUCGGUGUCCAGCUCGGGAAUUCGCUCCCGUCCGACCAGUCGGGCUGCUCUCCGCGGAGCUAAGCUAACGGCUAGCCGGGCCAGCCAGCUGUCAGUGCCCGGGCAGAGUUCGUGAGCGGCGGAUUCGGGGUUGAAGUUUCAGUCGAUAACACUUUGUUUCACCGGGAGCGUGUGGACUCUGAUCCCGGAUCACACCACCAUGCUAGCUGCUUUUUUUGUUCGAUAACAUGUCGUGAACAGUCGGGGUCAGCUUAGAGAAAAGGAGGCAGGUUUUGUAACUAAGAGGAGGAAUUUGGAGCGACUUUACCAGCAGCUAGCUGUGGCUGGAGCUCCACUUAAUCCCACUGUCAUUCGUGCUCUGGAAAUACACUAACAGUUAAAUCGAUGAAAAUGUCCUCGAUAAAGCCGGAGAAGAAGACUGUUUUUCUGUUCGCUAUCGCCCCCAGUUUGACCGUCUCAUGCCGGCUGCACAGCUGUCAGUGACUUUACUCUACCUGAGAGUCGGCCUGUCCAUCUGCCUCCGAUCCCGGGGAAGAUACCUGAGGGUCGGCCUGUCGAGCUGCCUCUGAUCCCGGGGAAGAUACCUGAGAGUCGGCCGGUCCAGCUGCCUCUGAUCCCGGGGAGGAUACCUGAGAGUCGGCCUGUCGAGCAGCCUCUGAUCCCGGGGAAGAUACCUGAGAGUCGGAUGAUGUUUAAUGGUUGUUGUAGGUGAAGCCUGCUAGCUGAUCCCCGUCUCUUAACCAGGCCUGCUCUCUGAUAAACGGCUUAUAUCUACGGCUCCGUGUUCAGGAUUUACUUGGUUUCACGGUGGAGGAUUCUGUCAGAGUCCUCACAUGUUACAUGGUGAGUUCAGGACUGAACUGGAUGUUUGAACCGGGACAAAGCUCCGUCCUGCUCCAUGGUGCAGGCGCUCAGAGUCGGCUGUAAGCAGCAGAGCCAUCGCCGGGUUAAAGGGACGCUAAUCCUGCCGUGUCUUCGCUUUGGGAUUAUAACUCAAAUUAAGGAUUUUUAUCUUUGGAUCCACAAUGGGAUCAGCGACCAAACUGGCCUUCAGUGUUUUCCUCAUCUCCUGCUCCUCAGGUGCCAUCCUGGGACGCUCAGAGACUCAGGAGUGUGUCCACUACAACUACAACCCUUCCUCCUCCUCCUCCUCCUCCUCCUCCUCCUCUUCGGUGUUGGAGAGUCGGGGGAACCUCAGCGGGGUGGAGCCCUGCUACGGGGAGAAGGACAAGAGGCUGCACUGCUUUGCCACCUGGAAGAACGUGUCAGGAGUCGUGCAGGUGGUGAAACAGGGCUGCUGGUUGGACGACGUCAACUGUUACGACAGGAGCGAGUGUGUGGAGAAGAAAGAUGCUCCUGAAGUCUUCUUCUGCUGCUGUGAAGGAAGUUUGUGUAACAAAAAGUUCUUCUACAGCCCCGACCAGCCUCAGAUACCGACGACAAACAAGCCGGUGACAUCGCCGCCUCCAGUGCUGACCACUCUGAUGUACUCACUGGUUCCCAUCAUGGCCGUCACCGCCAUCGUCUUCUUCUCCUUCUGGAUGUACCGACACCACAAACUGGCCUACCCACCUGUACUGGUUCCCACACAGGACCCGGGUCCUCUGCCGCCGUCCCCCAUCCUGGGCCAGAAGCCCCUGCAGUUACUGGAGAUCAAAGCCAGGGGGCGCUUCGGCUGCGUGUGGAAGGCUCAGCUGCUCAGCGAAUACGUAGCCGUCAAGAUCUUCCCGAUCCAGCACAAGCAGUCGUGGCAGAACGAGUACGACAUCUACAACCUGAGCGGGAUGAGACACGACAACCUGCUGCACUUCAUGGGAGCCGAGAGGAGAGGAAGCAGCCUGGACAUGGAGCUGUGGCUGGUGACCGCCUACCACGAGAAGGGUUCUCUGACAGACUACCUGAAGGCUAACGUUCUCUCCUGGUCUGAGCUCUGUGUCAUCGCUCAGUCGAUGUCUCGAGGCCUCGCCUACCUGCACGAAGACAUACCUGGACACAAGCCGGCCGUCGCCCACAGGGACUUUAAGAGUAAGAACGUCCUGCUGAAGUCCAACCUGACCGCCUGCAUCGCUGACUUCGGCCUCGCUCUCAGGUUUGAGGCGGGAAAAUCUCCUGGAGAAACACACGGACAGGUGGGCACCAGGAGGUACAUGGCUCCUGAGGUCCUGGAGGGAGCCAUCAACUUCCAGAGAGACGCCUUCCUGAGGAUCGACAUGUACGCUCUGGGUCUGGUGCUGUGGGAACUGACCUCACGCUGCAAAGCUGCCGACGGUCCGCUGGACGAGUACAUGCUGCCGUUUGAGGAGGAGGUGGGUCAACAUCCGUCUCUGGAGGACAUGCAGGAGGUGGUGGUCCACAAGAAGCUGAGACCCACACUCAGAGAGUGCUGGCAGAAACACGCUGGUCUGGCCGUGCUCUGUGAGACCAUUGAGGAAUGCUGGGAUCAUGAGGCCGAGGCUCGGCUGUCGGCCGGCUGCGUGGAGGAGCGCGUCGUGCAGAUGCAGCGACAGACGAGCGUCACGGCGCCCGAGGAGAUCGUCACAGUGGUCACCAUGGUAACCAACGUGGACUACCCACCUAAAGAGUCGAGCCUAUGACGAGGCUGAGGACCAAUCAGGACGGAGCAGGGACUCCCUCAGUGAGCGGCAGGUUUCUGUCUCUGAUAGGAGCCUGUCAGGUGAUCAGCUGGGAGGUCAGGUGACCUCCAGACUGACGAGCAGCUCCUUCUUAAAGACAAUAUGGAGGACGGUCUCUCUCUCUCUCCCUCUCUGCAGGGCGAGCCACACUGACCUCCACUCUCUGACAUCACUUCCUCUUUUGUAUUACAAAAUGAAAGACUUCCUGGACAGACCUUUUCUACAAUAAUGUGACGAUACGACGUUUGUUUGACUUCAGUAUAAAAAGGGCGACUUUAGUUUUUGGAUGUUUUAGUUUCUGAAUGAAGUGAUGCCAAUAAGAAACAGCUUCUGAAUGUCUGAAUCACUGCUGUUUACAGUAUAUACACAGAUAUAAAUAUAUAGAAACAUAUAGAAACAUUAUCACCUGACAGAAGAGAGUUUCAUAAUCAGGUUAUUGAUCCAACACAUCUUCUCUUUCAUGUGACGUUACUUCUCGUCUUUCUCGCUGAGAGUCAGCAGUUCAGACUGAUCCCUCUGUCGCGUCUGAGCAGUUAGCUUAGCUUAGCAUAAAGACUGGAAACGGAGGGAAACGGUUAGCGUGGAGUCUCCGCUGGGAGAGAGAGAGGCAUCAGUCUUCUCUGACUCUCAAACAAGAAAGUGAAGAAUUUUCCCCCAAAAAAUCUUCGGUUAACGUCGACGGUUUGAUUCUCACUCAGUUAUGGAAGAAAAGAAAUAAAACUUUAUUUAAACAACAAGCUUCACACACAAAACAUCAAGAUUAAAACAGUUUGAAAACAACGAUCAGUCUUUGUAGCAACUGAUCGAUCAAUUGAUUAUCAAACAGAAGAGAUUUUAGUGCUUUGUUUUGUUUUCUGUUUUCAACUAAAAACUGAAAAACAGACAUUUUUAAAAAUUGGAGCUUUAUGGACAUUUUCAUUGUUUUUCUGACGUUUUACAGACAAAACAAAUAAUUUAUUGAUCUUGAAGAUAAUCAGGAGAAAUUUGAAUCUUCUAUGAAACUGAUUUAGAGUCAAAAAGCCGAUCGAAACAUAAACAAUGAAAACAUGUGACCAGAAACCAAAGAUGAUCAAUAACACUAACACAGCUGACGAUCAAUAACAGCUGUCUGCUCCUGUUUGUUUCUGUCAGUCGUUAGAAGCAGGAAGUGACCGUCGGACCCUGAACUGUUUGUCUUCAUGUUGUUGUUGUCGUUGUUGUCGUUGUUGUUGUUUGUUGUCUCUGCUUCCUGUUUGUGGGUUCGUUUGUCUCUGGAAACAUUUCGUCUUUACGACCCUAAAAAAUCGUUUCGUCGUGACACGUCGCUCGCUACCCAGCAUGCCUUUCGGUUUCACGUCUGAAAAUCACAGACACGUUUACGUUUCGGAAGAUAAACUUUCAGAUCACGAAACGUUUGAACAAAGUCAGAAACACUAAACGUCAUUUUAACUUCGUCAGUUUUUCCGUCAGUCCGGCGGCUCGUCUUCGUCCCGCCGGCGGCCGAACUGAAGCUGAUCAAUCAACUGAUCAGCUGAUACUGAAGCUCAGAGACAAACAGUGAAACUGUGAUCAAACUGAAAUGAUGUUUUGAGUCCUGAACACUUGGUUAAGUGUCGGAGCUCAGCGUGUCCAGCGGGUGGCGCCGGCGCGUCGUAUCGAUCAGAUCCUGACUGAUGGAGUCAUGUGAUCAGUUUGAAGCGACUCAUUAAAGAUCAGCUGCUCUGAUGUGAAACUGCAUCAAACUUUAUUUCAGGACAGGUGGAAAUAUAAAAAAACACCGCCGCCGCCGCCUGUACAGCACGUCUGCUGUAGGCCUCAGUGAUGUCACAUGAUGUCACAUGACCUGAUAAAGAAACGUCCGCCGUCGUCUCGUAUAAAUCAGACGUUUAAAGAGUCGACCUGAGAACAAACUCCACAGACAAGAGAGACGUUCAGGGACCCACAGCUCACUCUCACCUGUGUUUAUAAAAACCUUUUAUUAACCUGUGAAGCAGCAGAACAUCUGUAUACUGGUUCCCAGUACACACAGUACUGGUGUCCAGUACAGACACAGUAUUCGAGUUCAGCCUGUUUCCUCCUCUUGUCUUUUAUUUUGAUAACCUCUGACAGGAAGCCUGUUUCCUCCUCUGUCUGUCUUUUAUUCUGAUGAUGACAGGAAGCUGCACAGUUUGUACAUAUGAAUGUUUCAGAUUUUCAGCAUGAGUUUGUUUUUAUGGACUCGAUUGUUUCUAAUGUUAAUAUGAGAAACAGAUUCUGUUUAUUUUAUAUGACGAAGAUGAAAAAAAUGAAAACAAUCUGAGUUUGUUAAUUUAUGUUGAAAGCUCAGAACACUAACUUCCUGUGGAGGAAGGUGUGUGUGUGUGUGUGUGUGUGUGUGCGUGUGUGUGUGCGUGCGUGCGUGUUAGAUACCUCAGACGUCCCUGCUGGUGCUCACCAUUCCCAUCAUGACAUCAUCAUGACAUCAUCCUCCUCUGGCGUCGAUCAGGGCGACGACACAAACUGAAAUCUGACAUUUUUGGAUUUAAUUUGAGUUUUUCGAGCAGAACUUCUCGAAGUUCAACAAAACCAAAUGAAUGUGGGAAUAAAAAGUGUGAAUAAAUGUUUCCAACAUGAACGUGGAAGCGUCAGAACGACUUCAUGUCAGACUUAUUUUAGUGGAUUCAGUCGUCGGCUCCUCGAAUGGUUCAGUUGUUCAGGAAAAACAGUUGAAGCGUCCUCGCAGAUGAAUGAAUGUAACUCCAGUUUAUUAGUUUUCGUCGGUCUGUCCGUCAUUUCUAUCAGACAUAAAAAACUUUGUACUCAUCAAGUUGAUAUCUGACGUCACUGUGAGCGGCUGCAGAUGUGAACUUACUACAUUAUUAUUACUGAUAGAAAACAAGGAGCAAAGAUUGAAUUAAACUGAAAUGUUGGUCAACAGAUGUUUAAAGUUUCAGCUGGAUGUGAUGUUUGUUUGCUGCUGCAGGACGACUCUACUGUUUGAUAUUUCACAUGAAAACCAAUAAAUUCCUGUUUGAUUUAUUCCAAUUAAACCCCUGAUUAUUCUCCUGGGCAGCGUGGUGCGUUCACUGUCUGUGGGCAGUUUGAGGGCUUCUGUUGGAGGUGAUUGUUGAAUAUUGUACAGAAGAAAACGUGAUGCUGUUUCCCCUCAAAUAAACUCUAGUGACCGCUC